UCGGACUCGCUCGGACUCGGUUCAAAUUCUCUGCUGCGCUGGUGAAAAUUUCCGGGUGGGAAAAAAGUACUCCCCACUCCCCGUUUUGUCCGGGUUGUUUUUUUUCUACACGGGUUUUCUCUGGUACGCGACCAAGCUAGCUGUAAGGAAGAGUGAGGUAUUCCGUGACAAGUGAGGCAAAAUAAGCAAGCAACUAUUUAUGCGUAUAGAGUCGGAACUUUUCCGGGCAACGACCUUUAGUUUUCGGUGUUCAAAAUGUGAACAAUAUUCGAAGUGCUGACGAACUAAAGUGGCCACCAUGUGAAUCGACAGCAGUGGCUCACGUGACGCUUCCUGGUACCACCACCAGUAGCCAGCCGAUUUGGCCAGAUCCGGUGCUGCCGAUCGAGCUGCCACAAUUCGGCCUAAACGGUACAACAGCGGCAGCCCAGCGAAGGUGACCUUCGACGAUCCUCUAACCUAUCACCAUCAUCAUCACCAUCACAACCACAAUCACAAUCUUCAGGCAGCCCUGCUAGGGGGCAGCAGCACUUCUCCCCUGCACACUCCCACCAACAGCAGCUGCCAGCGCUAUCAACAUCAACGACAACAGCAAAAAAACUUGCACCGCCAUCAUCAGCUUCUGCACCAACUAGAGAUGGAAUCCGUGGGCCACGUGGCCGUUCCGCUGCGAGUCGGAGCCAAAAAGAUGCGCAAACGUCGGGAACUGGACGCCCUGGUGGCGCACUCACUGGCCAAAAGCUCAGGAAAACGUCACAUCGCCGGAAACGGAAUCGCCUCACACGAUCAGCUCCUCUCCAACUCGACCGAUGACCAGGAAGACUUCUCAUGGCAACCCAAAAUACGCACCCAGUCUCGAUGCCGGCGGAAGCGAUUCUCCUGCGUCCGCACCUGUGGCCCUCUGAUCCUGGUGUCCUGCAUCUUCCUCUCGCUGGGCUUCAUGUACUGGCUCUACUUCGACAUCCGGCAGCAGGUCUCCGAGUAUCGGAUCCGGAUCGAGCAAGUGUCAGCCACCAGCCAAAAUGUGCCGGAAGCCUUACAAAAGUUCCACGAAACGUCGAAGCAUCUGGAGCAAAAUCAAACCUCCCUCAACGGAAAGCUGCGGGAGCUACAACAAGUGCUGAGCAAUUUCUCGACUGAGAUCAAGCAGCUUCGCGAUAGCAUCGAGAAGAAGAACGAAAAUUCUCAGGAGGCCCAGCUCAACAGCCUCAAAACCAAUGUGGCCGAUCUGGGGUCCAAAAUCGAAGAUGCCUCCUUGCGGAUAGCGGCCCUGGAGGAGAAAAAUACGGCGGCCCAGAACGAGCAGAAGACGCUGCGGAAGAGCAUCGACGAUCUGCAGUCCAUGUUGGCGCAAUUCCGAAAUUCUUCGGCUCCCUCGGGCGUCGAUGCCAGUGCAAUGAACCUAACGGAGCAGAACAUUGCCAACAUCCGGGAUCAGCUGUCGGCUCAGAUUUCAAACCUUUCGCAGAACUUUACCGGAGAGUUGCAUGACCUGAAGCAGAAGAACGUCUGGCUGAGCAGCGAUCUCGAGAAGCACAAAACCAGCAUCGACGAGCUGGUCGACAGUUCGGCCAACAUUUCAUCGCACGUGAAAUCGGUUGAGAACAUUUGGGUCGAAAUGAAGACCAACCUGAGCCAGCUGGAGCAAGGGUCGAAGCAGAUUUCCGAUCAGAUGGUGCUACUCCAGAACAGCACGGCCGAGCUGCGUGGUUCCCUCGGAUCGAUGCAAGGGGAAUGUGCUCGGUACCACAACCAGAACGAUGGCAUCCUCAACGAUAUCGGUGCCCUGAAGGUGCGGUUGGACCAGGCCGAAAAGAAGCUGGAAAUUCCGGCAACCGUCGCUUCGCCGAAAGCUGUUGAGCCAACCAAGAAAAACGCCCUGGACAACUUGGGUCCUAUCUUUGGCGAAAAUUCACCAACCCAGCCAACGCUUCCCAAGUCCCAAACUGGGACAAGUUCCCCAACAGCAGCCUCCGCUCCGGCCAGUGGCCAACAGCAACCGGUUGCAGCAGCAGCUACCCCGAGCAGCAGCAGCACUACCGCUGGAGCCACGGCCGCUGCUACAAGCGCCGGAAAUGCGAGCGCCAACAAUGCUGGAAUGUAGAAAGUUUUUGCGCUCAAAGCGACACCCAAAAAAAACCAGCAGCAACAAUUAUUCGAGACACGUCAGGAAACGCGAUCCAGAACCGGAACCUGUUGAUUAAGUUUUAAACAAAAUGUUAUCAAACCAAAGUUGUGUUUUAGUGUGUAUGUAAUGUAAUGAGUGCGAAUAUAAUUAUUAUUGAAAUCAAAAGGAAAUAGAACAAGAUAAGAGUCUUUUGGUUUGUUGAAUUAAAACAAUAACGACAGUCUCCCGUUUCUCCAUUCCAAUGAAGCCAAUGAUUAUAGGGCUUGAAACAAGCGGCUCAUCAAACUAAGUAGAGCAAAUAGGGAAAACAAAACAAAACUUAAGUAGAGAAAGCAAGAACCUUCAAUUCCAAACACUUAACUUAGAACAAAAAGAGAGAGAACGAUAGAAAAAAAAAACUAUAUAUACAGAUAACAAAAAAGUGAAACAGUCAACACUGAAAUUCAAUUUUAUUCACAUCGAAAACUCUAUUUAAUCAAUUCUAUUUAAGAGUGUAGCGAAUGUAUCUUGAUGAACAACAAUGAAUAAUGAUAGCUAACAAACGGAAACUCCAUACAGUCAAAGUACCUUUAAAAAAUCACACAGAGAAUCAAAUCAGAUAACAACAAUACGAUCUCAGCAAUACCGACAGAUUAUGCAAAAAAGGGAAAAAGUUACAGUGAUUUGAAGACAAAAAUUUCCCAAAAUAGCACCGCAACAACGGCUAGAUAAAUAUUGUGCAACCCAAAAGAAACAACUACGACAUAGAGUCCUUGAAUUUGUUGAAAAUUUCUGAAACGAGUUUGAGGACUCUCGUCCUAGUUGUGGGCGUUCCAUUUAAUUCCAAAGCCAUUAGCUGCUCUUAGAUUGAUUCUUAGAAAAUGCAUUUCCAAUACUCAAGCAAAAAAAAUCAACACACAAACAAUCCAAUCUGCUCACUUUUGAACACCGGAUUUCAACCCAACACGACUUGCCAUCGUCCAAAAACGUAGGGCUUUUCUAUUUUUUCAUCGUCAUGUCCUAGGAGGGAGUUCAAUUUCCUAAACAAGAAUACGGAAGAAAGGAAACUAGAAACCAAGAGUUUUGUAUUUCAACAAUUAUUAUUAGUCAUCUGCAGCUAAACGCCAUGCAAUUUUGUACUUAUUUUGUUGUAAUUUACACGAGAAAAAAAAAACAAGUAGCGGUAAUUUUGUACGAUUAUAAAGGUUUAGUUUUAAAUCACUCGUUCACACGAUCUCCAUCAUCAAAUGCAAAAAAGAAUUCAAGUGCAUCAAAUCGAUUUAUUCUUGUAGAUAUUUGAUAGGUAUCCAUUUAGCUAAACACAUGCAAUGCACAGAUCCAAAAUCCAAAAUUACUUGUGGCAAGCAAGUGUGCAGAAGCCCCGAACAACACAUGUUAGAUUUUGAUGUGAAGAGGUAAUUGCGUGAACAUAAAUUGUGUUUAAGGUAUCGAACGAAAGCAAAAUUACUUGCAAUGAUACUUCAUUAGACAGUGGAAGAAAGAAACAAACAAACAACAACAGAAACAUUACAAAUUAAUCCAGUUGACAAAGUGAUGAAACCAAUAAAUUCGCAUACAAAUCCCUAA